CAGCGGCGGAUUCUUGUUACACUACGAGCGAAACUUCCUGGAAGCUGCCAUGGCGGAUCUCUCGCUCUCAUCCCUUCCAUUUAAGUCGGCAAUUCUCCUGCUCUUUCACCUCCAAAUUCUCUUCUCCUUCUCCAUUAUCAAAUUCUUCAUUCUCUUCUCUAUUUUCUGUAUUUUCUGCCAUGAAAAUCCCCAAGCGAUUUAGCCCUAAACGCCUCUUCCGAUCCAAGAAGAAUCCCUCCGCCGACGUCUCCCGCUCCGAUCCGCCGUCCUUCGGCUCUGGUACGUCUUCCUCCUCCUCUUCGUCCGAGAAUUUCUUCAAGCCUCACACCGCUGGCUACGGAACUCCGACCAGCGUCCUCGCUGGCUGUUCCGACUCAGACCAGCGGGAGAACGACGUCGUUGUGUCGAGGAAGGAGUUGGAGGCGAUUUUGAGCCGGAUCGCGUCGGAGGAGGAGGUUGCGAUGAUGCUGAGCGAAGUCGACGACGGCGGAUUUAUCCGGUUGGAUGAAUUGAUGGCUCGGGUCGGGUCGGGGUUCGAUGCGGUAGGGGAGUCGGAGCUCCGGGAGACGUUUGAGUUUUUUGACGCGGAUCAUGAUGGGAGGAUCUCGGCGGAGGAGCUUCACGGGGUUUAUAGAUCAAUUGGGGAUGAGAGGUGCACGUUAGAGGACUGUCGGCGUAUGAUAAGGGAUGUGGAUGAGGACGGGGAUGGGUUUGUGUGCUUCACGGAGUUCGUGCGUAUGAUGGAGCUGCAGAGAUGAUUGAACGUACGGCUCUUGAUGCUUUUGAUUGGACGGCUGUGAUGGGUUGGAAUUAUUGUUUUUUUUUUUUUUUUUUUUUUUUUUUUUUUUUUUUUUUUUUUUAUNGGAAUCGAGUCAUGAUAACUGUGGUUUGGAUCAUUGUGGCGGGUCCGACCGGAUCAAUCAUGAGUUACAAAUGAAAAUAGGGGCUCUCCAAUGUAUAUGGUUGAUUGAUGAUCAAAUGAACAAAUGUCAAUACUAUUUUGCCAUUGGAUCC